AGGCAGCUCAGAUGGGCACUGAUAUGUGGCAUUGAUGUGCACUGGUAUGCACUGAUAUGUGGCAUUGAUGGGGCACUGGCACGUGGCACUGAUGAGUACUGACUGCUGGCACUGAUGGACACUGACAGGUGGCACUUCUGGGGCCACACUGAUCAUCAGGGCACACUGAUCAUCACCGAUUACCGGCUCUCCUCUGUCAGCAUGACAGCUCGAGAGGAGAGAAAUGCCGAUAACCGGCAUUUCCGUGUUUACAUGUGAUCAGCUGUGAUUGGACACAGCUGAU